UCAACACAUUCAUGAAAUCGUUUCCAAUCAUUUCCCAUGACAUGACUGUGCUCUUGUUGACGGCGUUUAGAUUUGUAUAAAGAUUUAACGAUGUCUUCGCUACUUGUCCCAGAAAUUCCUGCACCAGGAUUUUCCUUCGAACUAGCUCAAAGAAAUAAUUAUCUGAUAAAAAAAGGGUUCGAACCACCCAGAGCUGUUAAAACAGGAACUACAAUUGCCGGAGUGAUUUAUAAAGAUGGAGUGAUUCUUGGCGGUGAUACAAGAGCUACAGAAGAUACUAUAGUUGCCGAUAAAAAUUGCACUAAAAUUCAUUAUCUUGCUGAAAAUAUGUAUUGUUGCGGCGCAGGAACUGCCGCAGAUACCGAGAUGACAACUCAGAUGAUAUCCAGUCAGUUGGAGUUACAUCGUUUGAACACCGGUCGUUUGGUACCUGUUUGCACUGCGAAUGCAAUGAUCAAACAAUUACUGUUUCGCUAUCGCGGCCACAUCGGCGCAGCUUUAGUAUUAGGUGGCUGCGAUUUAGACGGUCCACAUUUAUAUUGUAUUUACCCACACGGGUCGGCAGACGCGCACAUGUACACCACUAUGGGUAGCGGGUCGUUAGCUGCGAUGGCUGUAUUCGAAAGUCGAUGGAAACCUAAUUUGUCCGAGGAAGAGGCUAAAGAACUUGUAGCAGAUGCAAUCCGCGCUGGUGUGUUCAACGAUUUGGCUUCCGGUUCCAACGUCGAUCUGUGCGUUAUACGUAAAGGUUCCGUUGACUAUUUACGGCCUUACGACGUCGCCAAUGUAAAGGGAGAACGUUCGAUAUCCUAUCGAUACAAACGGGGAACUACUGCUAUACUUAACAAGACGGUACACCCUAUAAUUAUCGAGGAAGAAACUAUUCGUAGACAUCCGGAGGAAACAAUGGAUACUUCAUCUUGAAAUGUGCACUAGGGACAUUUAAGUAUAAGCUGAGAUGGUAUGCAAAUUUGUUAAACAUACAGAAGCUUUGGUCCUGUGUUCUUUUGAUUAAUAAAUUUAGUUCGAAACUAUAAAAUGCAA